GUGGAGGGGGGAAGCGGAGGAGUUGGAAGAUAAUACAUUUGCUAUUACUGUCAUUUUCAUCAUCUGCACCUUUCCGGCGGCCUGUGAUACCCGGGAGGAGGGGGCGGGGGGCCACCCCAAGCCGGGGCGAUGGCGGCUCAUAAGCCAGUGGAGUGGGUGCAGGCGGUGGUAAACCGGUUCGAUGAGCAGCUUCCGAUUAAAGCAAGUCAGCAGAAUACCCACACCAAAGUCAGCAUGGAGCACAACAAAGAGUGUCUCAUAAACAUUUCAAAGUACAAAUUUUCUCUGGUCAUAAGUGGACUUACGAACAUCUUAAAAAAUGUAAACCACAUGAGAAUAUCUGGAGAGACUUCAGAAAAAAAUUUGUAUUUAUCUCAGUUGAUUAUUUUGGAUACUCUGGAAAAAUGUCUUGCAGGGCAACCAAAGGACUCCAUGCGGUUGGAUGAAACAAUGCUGGUAAAACAGUUAUUGCCAGAGAUCUGCCAUUUUAUUCACACAUACAGAGAAGGCAAUCAGUAUGCAGCCGAACUCCGAAUGUCUGCUUCGGGGGUACUGUUCUCACUUAGCUGUAAUAACUUUAAUGCCGUCUUUAGCCGUAUUUCUACAAGGCUUCAAGAACUGACAGUUUGCUCAGAGGACAAUGCUGACGUUCACGAUAUAGACUUAAUACAAUAUAUCAAUGUGGAUUGUUCAAAACUUAAACGACUUUUACAGGAAACUGCGUAUAAGUUUAAGUCUCUGAAGAAAGUUGCUCAGCUGGCAGUUAUAAACAGUCUUGAAAAGGCCUUUUGGAAUUGGGUUGAAAAUUAUCCAGAUGAAUUUACAAAGUUGUACCAACGGCCACAGACUGAUAUGGCAGACUGCGCAGAAAAGCUUUUUGACUUGGUGGACAGCUUUGCUGAGAGCAACAAGCGCAAAGCAGCAGUGUGGCCAUUGCAGAUAAUUUUGUUGGUUUUGUGUCCUGAAAUUAUUCAAGAUAUUUCCAAAGAAGUUGUAGAAGAAAGUAAAAUGAACAAGAAACUGUUCCUUGAAAACCUCAGAAAAGCUUUGGCUGGUCAUGGAGGAAUGAAGUCACUCACAGAAACAGCAGCCAUUGCUAGUGUCAAAUUGUGCAAAGCCUCAACUUACAUCAACUGGGAAGAUAAUUCUGUCAUAUUCCACCUUGUGCAGUCCUUAGUCAUGGACUUGAAGAAUUUACUGUUUAAUCCAAGCAAACCUUUCUCCAGAGGAACAGUGAGCCAGAAUGCUGAUUUGGAUCUUAUGAUUGACUGCUUGGUUUCCUGUUUUCGAAUCAACCCUCACAACAACCAGCACUUUAAAACCUGUUUGGCACAGUCAUCACCAACAACAUUUCAUUAUGUGCUUGUAAAUUCUCUGCACAGAAUAAUAACAAAUUCUGCAUUGGAUUGGUGGCCUAAGAUUGAUGCAGUAUAUUGCUACUCAGGAGAACUGCGCAGCAUGUUUUCUGAAACUCUCAAAAUUGUUAUGCAGCUGCAGACAGCAAGCCGUAUGACACCGAGUCUAACGUUUAAGGAGAAAAUGCCAUACCUUAAAUUUAAGGACAGGUUAGCUGACCCAGAAACCAAGAGUUACAAGUACUUGCUGCUGUCUGUGGUGAAGCUAAUUCAUGGAGAUCCAAAGCUGCUGUUAUAUAAUCCUGGAAAAGCAGUUUGUGAUACACACAGCAGUACUGCAGAAUUAAUAAAUGGAUUGGUACAGCUGGUGCCUCAUUCGAAUAUGCCAGAAAUUGCACAGGAAGCUAUGGAGGCCCUAUUGGUCCUUCACCAGUCAGACAGCAUUGAGCUCUGGAAUCCAGAUGCUCCCAUAGAAACCUUCUGGGAGAUAAGCUCUCAAAUGCUUUAUUCAAUUUGUACCAAGCUGACUGGUCAUCAGUUGCUCAACAGCACAGAAAUUUUGAAAUGGCUACGAGAAAUUCUGAUAUGUAGGAAUAAAUUUCUUCUUAAAUAUAAGGAAAGUGCUGCUGCAGGAAGUGGAAUCCCAAUAUGCCGUCAAGCACAGACAAAACUGGAAGUUGCACUUUACAUGUUUCUCUGGAGUCCUGACACUGAAGCAGUUCUUGUUGCAAUGUCUUGUUUUCGAAGUUUGUGUGAAGAGGCAGAUAUCCGGUGUGGGGUUGAUGAAGUAUCUGUUCAUAACUUUUUGCCAAAUUACAACACGUUUAUGGAGUUUGCAUCUGUAAGCAACAUGGUGUCGACUGGCAGAGCAGCUCUACAGAAGCGUGUCAUGGCCUUAUUGCGAAGAAUUGAACACCCAACUGCAGGAAACACUGAGGCUUGGGAAGAUACACAUGCAAAAUGGGAUCAUGCUACAAGACUGAUUCUAAACUACCCAAAAACAAAAUUGGAGGAUGGGCAGGCCCCAGAAAGCCUUCAUAAAACAAUUGUAAAAAGGAGAAUGUCUCAUGUAAGUGGAGGGGGGUCUAUAGACCUGUCUGACACAGAUUGUCUGCAGGAAUGGAUCAACAUGACUGGUUUCCUUUCUGCUCUUGGAGGAGUAUGCCUUCAGCAUCGAGGCAAUGCUGGACUAGUUACUUACAGUCCACCCAUGGGUCCAGUUAAUGAACGCAAAGGUUCUGUAAUAUCAAUGCUGUCCACUGAAGGAAAUGCAGAAACGCCCGUCAGCAAAUUUCUUGAUCGCUUGCUGUCUCUGAUGGUGUGCAACCAUGAAAAAGUGGGGAUACAAAUUCGAAAUAACAUUAAGGAUUUAGUUGGUUUAGAAUUAAGCUCAGCUCUCUAUCCAAUGUUAUUUAAUAAAAUGAAGAACAACAUAAGCAAAUUUUUUGACUCUCAAGGACAGGUUCUCUUCACGGAUACGAACACCCAGUUUGUCGAACAGACAAUUACGAUAUUGAAGAACUUGAUUGAUAAUCACACAGAAGGCAGCUCAGAGCAUUUGGGUCAAGCAAGUCUUGAAACAAUGAUGCUAAAUUUAGUAAGGUAUGUCCGGGUGCUGGGCAACUUGGUUCAUGCCAUCCAGAUUAAAACAAAGCUCUGUCAAUUGGUGGAGGUUAUGAUGGAAAGAAGAGAUGACCUCUCAUUCUGUCAAGAGAUGAAAUUUAGGAACAAGAUGGUGGAGUACUUGACUGACUGGGUAAUGGGAACAUCCAAUCAGGCAGCAGACGAAGAUGUAAAAUGCCUGACAAGGGAUUUAGAUCAGGCCAGCAUGGAAGCAGUUGUAUCGCUACUUGCAGGUCUGCCUCUUCAGCCAGAGGAAGGGGAUGGGGUAGAGUUAAUGGAGGCAAAAUCCCAGCUAUUCUUAAAGUACUUCACCUUGUUCAUGAACUUGUUGAAUGACUGCAGCGAGGCUGAGGAUGAUGGAACCCAGACUGGAGGCCGAAAGAGAGGGAUGUCUCGGAGACUGGCUUCCUUAAGGCACUGUACUGUCCUAGCCAUGUCUAAUUUGCUUAAUGCUAAUGUGGACAGUGGCCUUAUGCAUUCAAUAGGGCUGGGCUAUCACAAAGACCUGCAGACAAGAGCAACAUUUAUGGAGGUUCUAACAAAAAUACUGCAACAAGGAACAGAGUUUGACACUCUUGCUGAAACAGUUCUGGCUGAUCGUUUUGAAAGGCUAGUAGAGUUGGUGACUAUGAUGGGAGAUCAAGGAGAAUUACCUAUUGCCAUGGCUUUAGCCAAUGUUGUUCCAUGCUCACAGUGGGAUGAGCUUGCGCGAGUUCUUGUGACGCUCUUUGAUUCUCGACACCUUCUCUACCAGCUUUUAUGGAACAUGUUUUCUAAGGAAGUUGAACUGGCAGAUUCCAUGCAGACACUUUUCAGAGGCAACAGCCUGGCUAGUAAAAUCAUGACUUUUUGCUUUAAGGUCUAUGGUGCCACAUAUCUACAAAAGCUUCUGGAGCCUUUACUAAAGACUUUUAUUACAUCACCUGAGUGGCAGUUUAUCAGUUUUGAGGUUGACUCAACAAGGUUGGAGGGAAGUGAAGUCUUGGAAGAAAACCAACAUCGCCUCUUACAGAUGACUGAGAAGUUCUUCCAUGCCAUUAUAAACUCCACAAAUGAAUUUCCAACCCAGCUUCGUAGUGUGUGCCAUUGUCUGUACCAGGCAACUUGCCACUCCCUACUGAGUAAAGCUACCGUAAAAGAAAAAAAGGAAAACAAAAAAUCAGUUGUGAGUCAGAGGUUUCCACAAAAUAGUAUUGGUGCAGUGGGAAGUGCAAUGUUCCUCAGGUUCAUAAAUCCAGCUAUUGUGUCACCGUACGAAGCUGGAAUUUUGGAUAAGAAGCCACCUCCACGACUUGAGCGUGGUUUAAAGUUAAUGUCAAAGAUACUACAAAGCAUCGCUAAUCACGUUCUGUUCACUAAAGAGGAGCACAUGCGGCCUUUUAAUGAAUUUGUCAAAAGUAAUUUUGAUGCAGCCAGGAGGUUCUUCUUUGACAUAGCCAACAAUUGCCCUCCAAGCGACACUGUAAAUCACAGCCUUUCCUUUAUAACUGAUGGAAAUAUACUUGCCUUACAUCGGUUGCUUUGGAACAACCAGGAGAAGAUUGGACAGUAUCUAUCCAGUAACAGGGACCACAAAGCUGUAGGAAGACGACCUUUUGACAAAAUGGCAACUCUGCUUGCAUACCUUGGACCUCCCGAACACAAACCUGUAGCUGAUACACACUGGUCAAGUCUUAACUUAACAAGCUCCAAGUUUGAAGAGUUUAUGACAAGGCAUCAGGUACAUGAAAAAGAAGAAUUUAAGGCAUUAAAAACCCUAAAUAUAUUUUACCAAGCAGGGACAUCAAGAGCUGGUUAUCCAGUUUUCUACUAUAUUGCUAGAAGGUUCAAGACUGGUCAGAUCAAUGGUGACUUACUCAUUUACCACGUCUUGUUGACUCUAAAGCCAUACUAUGCCAAGCCAUAUGAGAUAGUGGUAGAUCUCACCCAUGCUGGGCCUAGCAAUCGCUUCAAGACAGACUUCCUUUCCAAAUGGUUUGUGGUCUUUCCUGGUUUCGCCUAUGAAAAUGUGACUGCAGUUUAUAUUUAUAACUGCAACUCUUGGGUCAGGGAAUACACGAAAUAUCAUGAAAGGCUGCUAACUGGCCUGAAAGGCAGCAAGAGACUUAUUUUUAUUGACCCAUCUGGAAAGUUGGCAGAGUAUAUUGAACAUGAACAGCAAAAACUCCCAGCAGCCACACUGGCAUUGGAAGAAGACUUAAAGUUAUUCCAUAAUGCACUCAAAUUAGCCCACAAAGAUACCAAGGUCUCUCUAAAAGUGGGUUCUACAGCUGUUCAGGUGACAUCGGCAGAACGUACUCGAGUCCUGGGGCAGUCAGUCUUUCUGAAUGAUAUUUAUUAUGCUUCUGAGAUUGAAGAGAUUUGUUUGGUGGAUGAAAACCAGUUUACUUUAACGAUCGCCAACCAAGGGACACCUCUCACUUUCAUGCACCAGGAGUGUGAAGCCAUUGUUCAAUCCAUCAUUCACAUACGGACUCGAUGGGAACUGUCACAACCAGAUUCCAUUCCUCAGCACACUAAAAUACGUCCAAAGGAUGUACCUGGAACACUACUAAACAUUGCUUUAUUAAAUCUGGGAAGCUCAGACCCAAGUCUACGGUCUGCUGCAUAUAACCUUCUGUGUGCCUUAACAUGUACCUUUAAUUUAAAGAUUGAAGGGCAGUUACUAGAGACUUCGGGUCUGUGCAUUCCUGCCAACAAUACUCUCUUCAUAGUUUCCAUUAGUAAGACACUGGCAGCUAAUGAGCCGCAUCUCACUCUUGAGUUUUUAGAGGAGUGCAUCUCUGGUUUCAGCAAAUCCAGUAUUGAACUGAAGCAUCUAUGUCUUGAAUACAUGACGCCUUGGCUGCUAAACCUUGUUCGGUUCUGUAAACUAACAGAUGAUGCUAAACGUCAGCGUGUCAGUGCUAUUCUGGACAAACUUAUAACCAUGACCAUAAAUGAGAAACAAAUGUAUCCAUCCAUACAAGCUAAAAUAUGGGGCAGUCUCGGCCAGAUCACCGAUCUUCUUGAUGUUGUCCUGGACAGCUUUAUCAAAACCAGUGCAACGGGUGGUUUGGGUUCUAUUAAGGCUGAGGUUAUGGCUGAUACAGCUGUUGCUCUUGCUUCAGGCAAUGUGAAACUGGUUUCAAGCAAGGUUAUCGGGAGAAUGUGUAAAAUAAUAGAUAAGACCUGCCUCUCCCCCACACCCACUCUUGAGCAGCACCUUAUGUGGGAUGAUAUUGCCAUUCUUGCACGAUACAUGCUGAUGCUGUCCUUCAACAACUCUUUGGAUGUUGCUGCCCACCUUCCAUACCUCUUCCAUGUUGUCACCCUAUUAGUGGCAACUGGCCCACUUUCUCUUCGCGCUUCCACCCAUGGGCUUGUCAUCAAUAUCAUUCACUCCUUGUGCACUUGCUCUCAGCUGAAUUUCAGUGAGGAAACUAAACAGGUAUUAAGGCUAAGUCUGACUGAAUUCUCACUGCCCAAGUUUUACCUGUUAUUUGGAAUAAGCAAGGUUAAAUCAGCAGCUGUGAUAGCCUUCAGAUCAAGUUAUCGGGAUCGAUCCUUCUCACCUGGCUCCUAUGAGAGGGAAACAUUUGCAUUGACCUCAUUGGAAACUGUAACUGAAGCCUUGCUGGAAAUUAUGGAGGCUUGCAUGAGAGAUAUCCCAACUUGCAAGUGGCUGGACCAGUGGACAGAACUAGCUCAGAAGUUUGCUUUUCAGUAUAACCCGUCACUUCAGCCACGAGCUCUUGUGGUGUUUGGUUGUAUUAGCAAACGGGUUUCUCAUGGCCAAAUCAAGCAGAUAAUUCGAAUACUUAGCAAGGGGCUUGAGAGCUGCUUGAAAGGACCUGACAAUUACAUCAGCCAAGUUUUAAUUGAAGCCACCGUGAUAGCACUAACGAAAUUGCAGCCUCUUCUUAAUAAGGAUUCUCCAAUGCACAAGGCUCUCUUCUGGGUGGCUAUGGCAGUAUUGCAGCUGGAUGAAGUUAACCUCUACUCGGCAGGAACAGCUCUUCUCGAACAAAAUUUACACACCUUAGAUAGUCUCCGAGUGUUUAAUGACAAAAGUCCUGAAGAAGUUUUUAUGGAAAUAAGAAAUCCAUUGGAGGAAUGGCAUUGUAAACAAAUGGACCAUUUUGUUGGGCUCAAUUUUAACUCUAAUUUUAAUUUUGCACUAGUCGGACAUUUACUUAAAGGUUAUCGACACCCAUCUCCUACAACUGUGGCGAGGACGAUACGAAUCCUUCACACCCUCUUAGCACUUGUUAACAAGCACAGAAAUUGUGACAAGUUUGAAGUGAACACUGAGAGUGUUGCAUACUUGGCAGCAUUGCUCACUGUGUCUGAAGAGGUGAGAAGCCGAUGCAGUCUGAAACACAGAAAAUCUCUUUUACUGACAGACGUUUCAAUGGAGAAUGUUCCUAUGGAUACAUAUCCAGUUCAUCAUAAUGACCCCACAUGCAGAACACUGAAGGAAAACCAGCCCUGGUCAUCACCACAAGCAUCGGGAAUGCACCUUGCUGCUAGCUACCCAACAGUGGGGCAGGUUAGCCCGCGAACCAGGAAGUCCAUGAGCCUCGACAUGGGGCAGCCAUCACAAGCAAACACUAAAAAGCUUCUCGGCACAAGGAAAAGCUUUGACCACUUAAUAUCUGACACUAAGGCUCCCAAAAGACAGGAGAUGGAGUCUGGCAUCACUACACCACCUAAGAUGAGGAGAGUUGCAGAGCAUGAUUGUGAUAUUGACACACCAAGAAUAUCAUCCCCGCAACAGCACCCUCACCUCCGAAAAGUAUCUGUGUCUGAAUCCAAUGUACUUUUGGAUGAGGAGGUCCUGACUGAUCCGAAAACUCAGGCUUUACUCCUCACUGUUCUAGCUACACUUGUAAAAUACACUACAGAUGAGUUUGAUCAGCGCAUCCUGUAUGAGUAUUUAGCAGAAGCCAGUGUGGUUUUUCCUAAAGUAUUUCCUGUGGUACAUAAUUUGUUGGAUUCUAAGAUAAGCACGCUUUUAUCUCUGUGUCAAGACCCACAUUUAUUGUAUCCAAUUCAUGGGAUUGUUCAAAGUGUGGUGUACCAUGAAGAAUCCCCUCCACAGUAUCAGCCCUCUUAUUUACAAAGUUUUGGUUUUAAUGGUUUGUGGAGGUUUGCUGGACCUUUCUCCAAGCAAACACAAAUCCCUGACUACGCAGAGCUGAUAGUAAAAUUUCUUGAUGCCUUGAUUGAUAAAUAUUUGCCAGUAAUCGAUGAAGAAGCCAGUGAAGAAUCUCUCCUGACUCCUACAUCUCCGUACCCUCCUGCUGUGCAGAGUCAAUUGAGUAUUACUGCUAACCUUAAUCUUUCCAACUCAAUGACCUCCCUUGCAACUUCCCAGCAUUCCCCAGCAUCCUGGUAGAUGGCAGCAGAUACUUAUCAAGAAUGUCCCAGUACAUUUCUCCAUUCAUGCUUCCUUCAAAUAUGUGAAGACCACCCUGAAAUGUCCACCCUCGUUUCAUCUUCAGCAUCCUGGUAGAUGGCAGCAGAUACUUAUCAAGAAUGUCCCAGUACAUUUCUCCAUUCAUGCUUCCUUCAAAUAUAUGAAGACCACCCUGAAAUGUCCACCCUCGUUUCAUCUUCAGCAUCCUGGUAGAUGGCAGCAGAUUGUUAUCAAGAAUGUCCCAGUACAUUUCUCCAUUCAACCGCCCUUCAAUUAUAUGAAGUCUGCCAGUACCAUAUGUUGAAAAAGAGCUCCACACCUUGAUGUUCCCACCUCCAAACUUCACUGUUGGUAUGGUGUUUUUGAGGUGAUGUGCAGUGAGUGCCAUUUCUACUCUAAACAUGGUGUGAGCAAUGACAAACAAAGAGUUAAAUUUUAGUCUCAUCUGUCCAGACAAUAUUCUCUUGAAUUGCAUUGGCUUGUCCAAAUGCUGUGCAGCAAACUUUAAACGAGCUUCAACAUGCUUUUUCUUCAGCAGUAGAGUCUUGCACAGUGAGCAUGCAUAGAGGCCAUGUUGGUUGAGUGCAUUACAUAUUGUUUUCUUUGAAACAACUGUACCUAAUUCCAGGUCUUUCUGAAGCUCUCCGCGAGCAAUCCUUGGCUUUUGGACAGCUUUUCUGGUUAUUCUUUUGACUUCUCUGUCAGAAAUCUUGCAAGAAGCACCUGGUUGUUGCCAGUUGAGGGUGAAAUGAUGUUCUUUCCAACGGCGCUCACUGGAACAUUCCCAAGCUUAGGAAUACGUCUGUAACCAUUACCAGCAUAUGUUUUGCAACAAUAAGGUUGCGAAGGUCUUUAGAUAGCUCUUUACUUUUACCCAUCAUGAGAUGCUUUUUGUGUGAUACCUUGGUAAUGAGAAACUUUGUUAUAGGCUUUGCACUGAUAGGCGGCAGAAUUGCUUUCUAAACACUAACAUAUUUCAGCAGGUUUCUUGGCUUUCUAUGCAUUUUUUGCACCUCCUUUUCUUCAUGUGUUCAAUACUUAUUCCUUGUUUCAUUUCACUUUAUUACACCUAACUUGAUUUAUGGACUUAUUUGUUUUGAGUUCUUUGUAUGUGUGGAUUACUUGAACUGUUACUGACAUCUGUGUAAAUUUCAUGUCAAUAGCCCCGUUAGAAAUAUAUUUGCAGAGAAAAAUGUUGACAUGUUCAAGACUUAUCUUCCCUUCUGUAUAUCCUGCUUAAUGACUAUUUAAUGUACGUUACAUUAUUUGGCAAUCGUACUGUUGGACAUAAUCAUGUAUUUACUGAAAUCUUUGUCUCAUCCGUUUUUCGCUUUAUUUUCUGUUUUUAUUCAUGUGUUUCUUUUCUGUUCCCCCCUUAUCACCCUUUAUCAUUGUGUGUCUGUGAAGCUUCUAUGCCUUGCUCUAAAUCAGCCGUUUUCAUGCAGCCACUCCCUCAUCAAGGUACUUACUUUCAUCCUAUAUGCACGAGAGAACUGCCAUGUGCAAUAGCUUGGCUGUGUGGCAUGACAGCUGGUUUACUAAUCCUGUAACAGAUUCAGGGACCACAAGCUGAAGAUAGUGCUUGGAGCUGAAAUUGGUACCAUGUAGGCCUCAAGCUGUUUUAAAGCACCAGUUCUUUGAUCUUCAUUUGAAUAAUGGUAUGCCUCAAAAUCAGUUUUCAAAAAACUAUUCCUAAGAAGGUACCUGGGGAAAGCAUCUCUGUAAAACAUAUAGCUAUAAUAUGGCAUGCUGGGGACGUUUGGAGUAAAAAUCAUUGUUUACCCCACCUCUCAACUUUUGUGCUAAUUUACCAGUGUCCCAGUCAGUUUGAACAAAGUCAGUCAGCACAUUUCAGUGCUCUUAGUUUAUAUGACUGCAUGUCAAGCUUUAUGGUUAGCCAGUUCUGCUGCCUUCAUCAGACUUGUUGUCUUCAACAAACCUUUGGUAAUUUUGUAAUUCCUUUGGGUGGUUUCUGGAGGUAAUUUGACCAAUAGAAAAUUGCAGUGGCCGGACUUGUCUCCCUUUCACUGUGAUUUGAUCAUUCGGCCAAUGGGUCAACUAAUCCGUGCACAUCGGUCAUAUGCAUUCAUGAUAAGUUGUAUGUGAACACUUGAAUAAGAUGGUUCCUCUCUGUGCACAUGUGCACAUGACCAGCUUGCAGAAAUUAUCAGCUUCUGGCAAGUGCUGAGCAUUUUAGACUUAUGCCUUUAUUUCAGAGGAUGCUGGUGCCCAUUCUGAGGUAUACUGCAUCAUUAUUUCCAGGAGGGAUUCUGCAAAUCAAUGACUGACAAACAACAGUAUAAGUACUGGUGGUUUAAAUACUGCCUACAUUGACUACAUCUGUACCAUAGCAAUUAUUUAAAGAGCCAAUAGUUUUACUUUUAAAGUGUUUUAAGCUUUUUAUAUUUCUU